GUCUGUGUGCAAGACGUGUCCUGGGAGGAGCUUUCAGACUGGCCCGAGUCUGGGCCUCCUGGGACAGGUGCUGCUGUAAACUCCGGAUGAGGGACGUGGCUCUCUGGUCUUCACUUGGCAGUCCCCAGAGCCAGCAGAGUGGCAAAGCAGAGCGACGCGUAGUGCUGGCUCACGCCAUCCGUCUGCUCCUGGAGUACACAGACUCACCGUAUGAGGAAAAGAAGUACACGAUGGGGGAUGCUCCGGACUAUGAUAGAAGCCAGUGGCUGGGUGAAAAAUUCAAGCUGGGCCUGGACUUCCCCAAUCUGCCCUACUUAAUUGAUGGGGCUCACAGGAUCACCCAGAGCAACGCCAUCCUUCGCUACAUUGCCCGCAAGCACAACCUAUGUGGGGAGACAGAAGAGGAGAAGAUUCGCGUGGAUAUUUUGGAGAAUGAGGUUAUGGACACCCGCAUGUCCUUGGCCAGAAUCUGCUACAACCGUGAUUUUGAGAAACUGAAGCCUGCGUACCUGGAGUCCAUCCCUGACAAGAUGAAGCUGUACUCACAGUUUCUGGGGAUGAGAACUUGGUUUGCAGGGGAGAAGCUCACCUACGUGGAUUUCCUGGCUUACGACGUCCUUGAUGUACUGCGUAUAUUCGAGCCCAAGUGCCUGGACGCGUUCCCCAACCUGAAGGACUUCAUGGCCCGCUUUGAGGGCCUGAAGAAGAUCUCUGCCUACAUGAAGUCCAGCCGCUUCCUCCCACGCCCUCUGUUUCUAAAGAUGGCCGUGUGGGGCAGCAAGUAGGCCUCCGGGGGCGGCGAUGACAGCGAGGAGCCAGAUCUCUGCCUGCCCUGUCUCCCCGAGCAGCUCUCUGGCUUCUUUGUUCUUUGUGACAUUCCUCUGUCCCCAUGAAAUACCUUAUGGGCCCCUUUUUUCUCCCUCCCCACCCUGUUUUCAUCAGGCCCUUUGACGCCAGCUGCCUGCUUGGGCCCCUUCCCUGCCCCAGCAGUGCUGGCCCUCCUGUGCUAGAGCAGCCAGAGCCUCUUCCCUCAGUGGUGGCUCCACACCCAGGAACCGGACUGGAGUCCUGGCCUGUAGCGCUCAGCCCCGAGCCCCCCGGCACAGCCCUGAAGCCCAGAAUGGUCUGGUGUGCACUUCUGGCUCCCCCACGGCGUCCCUGCCCAGCCCAGUCCUACCUCCAGUAGAGCCUUACUCACCCCACGCGUCUUGUCUUCUUCCCUUCUGGCCUUUCGAUUCAAGACCCACUGUGUUUGGUGAUA